CUUCAAAGUUGUGAAAAAGAUUGCGGCUGUGCUGUAAAAUUCGACCAUCGAACGUGCCGAGCCAGCGGCCAGCGAGCCGAGCUUGAAAAUCGUUUCACAAUGAGCCGCUCCGCCCCGCAUGGAAAGCUAAGGCAGUGGAUGCUGGUCCUGCUCCUACAUCUAACUCUGAUAACGGCAUUGCCGACGAUCAAGCAACAGGGCAGUGGAAACUAUGUGCAGCAGCUGGACAAGAGUUUCUUUCAGCCGCCCGAGGUAGAGCAGACGAUAGAUGAAGUGCAGAAGAUAUUGGCCAAUGAUCCAGCGCUGCCGAGGCUGACGCGUGGCGAGAUAGAGGAGCUCUACGAGAAGGUCACACGUGAGGAGUACGAGAAGAGCAUUGAGGCGGGAGAUAUGAGCCGUGCUGACAGCAUGAGGGCCUUGAUGCUGGUUCUGCCCUACAAUACGGACAACAACACCGAGGAGAACCUCCAGGAGCUGUACACACGACCGCCCGUAACACGGGUAAUUGAUGCGUACACGCCACCAGAUCCGAUCAAAUUUCUAACUCCCGAUCCGAGCGCAGUGCCGCGCAGCACGGUACCCGGAGGCAAUCCUGCCGUUGCAGCCACCACCUACAAGCCGGCGUAUAAUCCUAAGCUGCAGCUUCGGCCGAUUCCCACUGCAACCACCUAUCAUCCACCAGCCCCGGCCAUGUACCCGAUGUCGCCAUCGUUGGGCAAGCCCAGUAUGGACUUCCAGCCUGUGACUAAGCUGCCCUAUGCCUACGACUAUGCCAAAGUGCCACCGCUACGACCACUAGCGGCACCUGCACCACCAUCGCCAUCGACUUCUCAGCGAUUUAGCUCUCACUACAGUGCGAAGAAUGCGCAAUUUUUGCGCAGGCCGAGGCCCGGUGGUCCAGUCGCGACUAGCACCACCAGCACCACCACAGUAAAGCCAGUCGCUGACAUACUGGAGAGUCUAGGAAUCGUAAGUGGCGGGCAAACGCACAAGCGGUACGCCGUGGAUGAUUACUACACAGCCGAGAGUGCACCACAGCCGGUGGUGGCUAGCGUGGCGGACCUGCGUGGACUGCAGGGGGCGCGCAUUAAGCCUGAUGCUUAUACAAACUUCAAGCCGCUGAACAUUGGCGAGGAGCUACGCGUCAAGCCCGAGGUAGAGGGCUAUUUAACUCGCUUUGGCAUUGUGAAGAAGUCAAGCAAGGCGCUAAAAAAGUCACAGACACAGACACAGACACAGGCACAGGAUUCGGCGGCUGGGACAGUAGAGCCGAUUAGCUCACAAACGCAGCUCUCAACGACUACAGCUAAAUUGCCACCACAAAGCAACGCGGAGUUAGCCAAGCUGCUGGAGAAUCUGCAAGAGCUGGAAAGGUUGCAAAACAAGACGCCCAAACGUCAGGCUAGCACAACCAGCACCACAACAACGUCAACAAGCACAACAACAACAACAACAACAACGACUAGUACAACUACUGCCGCGCCACCAACAGCUUCGCCCACAGUGCAACUCAUUACUCACGGCGAACCACUGCUGAUAGAGCCUAAGAAGCCGAGACGUCGCAUAGACCCCAAUAUCGAUAUUAAUUUUGCGUCCGCGGGUAAUCAGCAGACGCCACACAGCCAAACAGACGAGCUCUCCAAACUACUGGAGAAUCUACAGGAGCUGGAGAAGUUGAAGAUCAAUCCCGAAAAUGUGCUGAAGGCGGCCAAGCCGGGGACACAGACACUCAGCAAUCGAUUCAGCGCCGCUGCCGUUGCCACAACCACCCCACGACCCACAAACGAUGAGCGAGAGCUACAGCUGAUACUCAAGCAGUUGCAGCAACUGGAGCAGGCCAAUGCGGCCAGAAAAGUAGCAUCUACAACAACAACCACCCGCAAACCACCCACUAGUCUAGACAACUUUGGCGCACUGGGCCCCAAGGAUCUGGUGCAGCUGCAGCGACUGCUCAGCGAUGAUCGUGAGCUGGAGAGAUUGUACGAGCAGGCGCGCAACACCAAGAAGCUGGCCAAGACCAGCACCACUAGCACCACAACUACCACCAGCACAACCACUACUCAUCGUCCCGCCAAGGGUAGAACGCCCGUUGACCAUGCCCAGUUCCAGGAACUUAUCACUCGUGUGCAGCAACUGGAACGUCUCAAUUUGGCAAGCCCUGUCCCAACCACACCCACCGCCGAUGUGGCUGCAGCCAACUCUCUGGGCUUCACCACUCGUAAUGUGCUAGCAGCCCCCUCGGCUCCGGUCUUGGGUCUGCCCAGCAAUGACUUCGCACAACUGCAGCAAUUGGCGCAGCAUAAGACGCCGCCUUCAGCCGUUGGUGUGGAAAUUUCCACCGCUGCCACAGCGCCCAAGCCCCGUCGACCAGUAUCGAACAGUUUUGAGCUGACCAAUGAGACGGGAGCUGGCGCAAAUCUGCUGUCAGAUGUAAAACCACAGGACUAUGUACAGCUACAGAAGCUACUGAGCAAGGUGCAGGAGCUGGAGCGCGUGCAGAUACCCAAGACCAAGGGAGUGACGGUCGCUCCCCAGUUGGUCACCGCUGCCUCUAUACGAACACAGGACGUAAAAAGCUUGAGUGGCAUGCAAAUUAUUUACGCCCAACCUGCCAAAGAUGAGGAAGAACCGCAACUUAAGCUGGAUUUGCCCGUUUAUGAGCAGCCAACGCGCUCCAAGACUCCCAAGCCGACGCCAGAGGUCACUUCGAGUGAGGAACUGCGCGAGCUGGCCAUGUCUCAGCCGGCGCAUCCACAGCGUGGCACAGGCGGCAUCGAUGACAAGGAGUUCGAGCAGUAUCAGCAGUUCUUCAGCAGCUUGGAGGAUCAGGGCGAGCGUCAGAGCUAUCAGAAUAUGCAGCCCAUCUACAAAACGGUGAUUGGUGGACAAACGACAACACCAGCUGUUCCACCACCACCACCAGCACCUCGCUUUGUGCCCGCCAGACGGCCCACUAUGCCACCCAACUCUGCGACAGCAGAGCAAGCCGAUCUGAACGAGUUACAGAAGCUGCUCUACAAUGCCCAAGAGCUUAAGAAACUGGGCGUUGCAUUGCCAAACGAACUCUCCCAGCAACUGGAGACCAAGCUACAGUCAAGUAGCACCACACCACUCAUACAAACAACGCCCAGAAUCACGACCACAACGUCAGCGGCGACGGCCUUUACUGCCAGCAGCGGAUCGCCCGUGCAAACUCAUGACUCGUCCUCGCCAGCGGUGUUUUCUCUGACUACCACGAAGCCGGUGGCACCGCGCGAGCCACGUCCUACCACCGAAAGUAAUGUGGAGCUACCCAUCUUCAGCGCUACAAAAAUCAUUGAAGCGGCCAUUAAGCGUGCGGCCAAUCGCAUCGGAGUCUCUACGGAACAGCCAGUGGUUCAGGGUCAGGGCUUCAGACGUCGCAGCGACGAUGACUUGGAUACUGAAGAUGCAGAUGCCCACACGGGUGUCCUGGACGGCGACCUAAUGGCCGAAUUCAGCGAACUAAACUAUCAGCUGGCAAUGCCACCACCGUCGGAAGAAGCGGUCGCACCAGAGCCCAGACAGGCACAGGAAAUUGGCGAUAACUUGGGCGAGUUGCAGCGUCUGAUCAGCAAUCUGCAAGAACUUCAAAAGCUAAAUGUCAGUCUGGGACAGCAGCAUUUAUAUACAGGUCUGGGACAGAACCAAUCAGAUGCACAAUAUUUACAGGGACUGCAGGCACAGCAGCUUGGUGGUGAUGAGACGUCCAAGGCACGGAGGCAAAGCGAGGCAACCACAUCAACGACGACAACCACCACCACUACCACCACAACUACAGAAGCGCCAGAGUCCGUAAGCAGCACGACCCAAGCGCCCACAAAAAUUAGUCUUAGCCUGGGUCUUGGCGACGCGGACAUGGACAGCCAACUAUCAGCUGCCAAAGACGGUGCAAGCAGCAGCACGACCAGCACCACCACAGAGUCGUCUAGCGCCACCGAUGAGUCGCGCAAUGGCUCUCUGGAUGAUCUGGCCGACUCUUUCGGACCAGAUCCCAUAACGCUGGAGCCGCCGCCGGCAAAGAAAAAGAAUGGUUUCUAUUUCCUGGCCGAUUGGAAUUCAUUCCUCGAGGUCGGCGAUGGCGACGACCAGGUGGUUGUGCGUCUCAGUCCCAAAAUCGGCGAUCCACGCCUCUUCCUACCAGUCAAGAUUCCGUAGGCCACCGACAGUGUCGUCUCUAAAGUGUAUAUAGCCGUUAAUAAA